GUUCCUGAGCUAGAGCUUCGCCUGCCCCUACGACGCCCAGAGGACCCAGAUGGCUCCCAGGAAACGCCCCGAGACCCAGAAGCUCUUCGAGAUGGUUGUGCGCCCCAAGAGCAAGCGGAGCAGGAGUCCCCGGGAGCUGGAACCCGAGGCCAAACAGCGUCGUGUGAAGCGCCCCGGUUCCAGCAGGACGUUUGACUCAGGCUGCUUUGGGGCGGGCUUGGCCAGCCAGCAAGUACCCCCGCCAACUAGAAGUAUCAUCAAGGCUCUUCACCAGCAUAAAUUGGGCCAGACUGCCAAGCCGACACUGCAGCAGGCUCUCCAACAGUCCUUUUUGCAGUCUCUCGCUUCUUUCCGGAUAUUCCAAAGGGCUGCCCCCUUUGACCGGAGAGCCACAUCCUUGGCCUGGCACCCAACUCACUCCAGCAUCCUUGCUGUGGGUUCCAAAGGAGGCGAUAUCCUGCUCUGGAACGUCAGCCUCAAGGACGAACCCAUCUUCCUGAAAGGGAUUGGCGCUGGAGGGAGCAUUACUGGCAUGAAGUUUAACCCUCUCAACACCAACCAGCUAUUCACCUCCUCAAUGGAGGGAACAACUAGACUGCAAGACUUUAAAGGCAACACUAUCCGAGUUUAUACCAGCUCAAACUCCUGCAACGUCUGGUUCUGCAGCUUGGACGUUUCCGCCCAAAGUCGUAUGGUGGUCACAGGAGACAACAGGGGGCAAGUGAGCCUGCUAACCAUGGACGGCAAAGAGAUUUGGAAUCUGAAAAUGCACAAAAAGAAAGUGACCCACCUGGCCCUGAAUCCCUGCUGUGACUGGGUCCUCGCCACAGCCUCCGUAGACCAGACAGUGAAAAUCUGGGACCUGCGCCAGAUGAAAGGGAGCUCCAGCUUCCUCUGCUCCCUGCCUCACUGCCAGGGCGUUAAUGCAGCUUCUUUCAGUCCCAGUGGUGCCCAGCUCCUGACCACAGAUCAGAAGAAUGAGAUCCGGGUCUACUCAGCCUCCCAAUGGGACUGUCCCCCACUCCUGAUCCCACACCCUCACCGCCAGUUCCAACAUCUUACUCCCAUUAAGGCCACCUGGCAUCCUCGGCAUGACCUCAUUGUUGUGGGCCGAUACCCGGAUCCUAAUUUUGAAGGCUCUGACCCUUACGAGUUAAGGACUAUCGAUGUGUUUGAUGGAAACUCAGGGAAGAUGAUGUAUCAAAUCUGUGACCCACAAUCUUCGGGUAUCAUCUCGCUCAAUGAAUUCAACCCCAUGGGUGACACGCUGGCCUCUGUGAUGGGUUAUCAUGUUCUCGUCUGGAACCAGAAGAAAACUGGGACACAAAAAUGAGACACUGUUGGAGAGGACCAAUGUCUUUGGAGCCACAUGAAAACCAGUCAUGCAUGAAGACACAGCUAUCUGUUGGCUUCUCUGUCUGUUUUCAGGGUGGAAAAUCUUCCAGGAAGUGUUCAAGAGGCCACUGGGAAUCUUCCUGUAAUUCUUGGCCAAAUGGGUACGCAGGUCAAUGCCAGGGCCUUAGGAAACAGUACUGCUUGAGCCCUGUGCAAAGGAUCGCCCAAGCCACCCUAGUGGAACUUGGGAGCCUCCAAUAGCCACACUGGGUGAUACUUGGGGACCAUAUUGGAGAUGGAGAUCAAGCUAGGGUCAUCUGUAUACUAGGGAAACAUCUUAACCAUGGUACCAUAUCUCUAUCCCCAAGACAGAAAACUUAAUAGGCCAAAGGUAUAAACAUCUAGGAUUGCAACAGUUAUGGUGGCACAUGACAGCCUGGACUCAGCUCCAAGAACUUCUGCACUUGGCCACCUACAUCCUCGAGGGCCCUGCUGUCUAGCCUGGCACCCAACUUUCCUGGAGCCAAAUGCUUUCCCCUGGAUGCAUGGGGCAGUGGAUUAUGGUGUGGGCACAUGGCAGGGAAGGCCAAUAAAACCAUCCCUAGCUAGGCUUCUGAGUGGUCUCCAGCAC